AUGAGUCUGACGGAAAACAGAAACAAGGAAAACAUCCCAAUCACAAUUUCACCACAAAAGACUAAAUCUAUCGCACCUGAUCAGAUCAAUCAACAACAACAAAACCAAAUCAUAUCACAAUUAGAAUCAGAUGUUAAAAGAUUGGAAAAAUUGUAUAAAGAUGAAGUAUUGAAAUCACAGUCAACAUUAAAUGAACAAGAAAAACUGGAAUUGGAUUUAUUAAAGAAGGAAAAACAAAUUCUUAGUCAACAACAAUCAUUACAAAAAUUACAAGAUUUAAAUAAAAGUUUAAGUAAAAAAUUAAGUGGUGAAGUUAGUUAUUAUGAAAAUAUUAUUAAUAAUUAUAAAAUAAAUGAAAAGCAAUAUGAUGAAAAAAUUCUUAAAUUGAGAAAUGGUCAUUUAAAAUUUGAACAUAUGUUAAAACAAAAAAAUGAUGAAUUAUUAGAAAUUAAUCAAGAAUUAGAAGUUACCAAGAAUGAUUUGGAUUUAAAAUCUAUGGAAUUUUCACAAUUACAACAUAAGUUAAAUACGACAUUCAAAAAAUUAGAUGAUUUAGAAGCUUCAAUACCUGAACCAAGAGGUGAACCAAUUCAUACAUUUACAAAUCUUGAUGAUGAUAGUGAUGAAGAAGAAGGCGCUUCAUCAUCUGAUGAUGAAUUAAACAGUUUAAUAAUUAAUGAGGAAGACGAUGAUGAAGAUGAAUUUAAUGAUACUAAUAAUGACAAUGAAACAAGUAAUGAACAAUAUGAUAUAACUGAUAAUUCAUCAAUGAAUCUGACAAAUGAAAUUAAUGAUCAAAUUAAUGAAAAAUCUAAAGUUAUUAAGAAAUAUCAAUUUGAAAUUAAAUCAUUAAAGAAUGAAAAAAUUCAAUUAUAUACUUAUAUUAAUAAAUUAUUGAAAAAUAAACCACAUGAAGAUCAAAAUUCAAUAUUAAAGGAGAAAUUAGUUAAAAGAAAAAUCUUAAGAACAAUUUCCAUCAAUCAAGUUUUGAAUAACCAAAAGGUAACAAAUUCACCAAGACCUAAAUCUAAAGGUAAAAGAGUUAUUUCUAAUUAUGUUAAUUUCAAAAACUAUGGUAAUAUUAGCAAGAGAUCAUUACAAUUUGAAAAACAAGUUCAAAAUAGUGAUAAUGAAGAUGAUAAUACAAGUGAAGUUGAUGAAGAUGAACUGAGAAUAUUAGGGAAUCAAAACUUGGGACAUACAUUCUUUCUGAAGUCUAAAUAUUUAAUGACACCUUUAGAUUUCUUGAUCUCUAAAACCAACGGAAAUAAUGAGUUAGAUUUAGAUAUUGAUUGA